AUGCCGGCACAGCACCACGCCGUGGCCUACUACAACGGCAAGGUCUACACCCUCGACGACGCCAGCCAGGUCGCAGAAGCCUUCAUCGUCUCAGCUGAAGGCACCUUCCUGGCCGUAGGCACCACAGAAGACAUCCUCGCAGCCGCCAAAGCCAACGGGAAUGUCACAUUCAACCUCAAGGGCCGCUUUGUGAUGCCCGGCAUCCACGAUGCCCACGUCCAUCUUCUCUCCGCCGGCAUUUCCUACCUCAGCGGCGUCAGCCUGCCCGGCGACACCACCGUAGACAACCUCGGCCAGCGCCUGGAAGACGGCCAGUGCACCUGCGCCUACCAACACGCCUUCCAGGACUGGGUCGUCGGCAACACCUUCACCAUCCCCAACUUCGACCGCUCUUCACUCGACCAGCGCUUCCCCGAUACGCCGGUCAUCAUCCAGGGCGGGGCGGGCCACAGUGCCUUCCUCAACACCGCCGGCCUGCUCAAAGCCGGCUACCAAGUCGAUAACGAGCCGGACGUGAAAGGCGCCAAGUUCAGUCGCCGGCCCGACGGCAGUCUGACCGGCGAGCUCGGCGAGCUGGCCAUGAACAAGGCCAUGCUGUCCAAGGGGAACCCAAACCUGGCGCAUGCAAAACGGGCAAUCAAGGCUGCCCUCCGUUGCUUGCAUCAGGCCGGUGUUACUUCGUGCCAGGAGGCAGCGACUAACUCGGUGAUUCUGGACGCGCUUCGCGAACUAGAUCUCGAGGAGAAUGCGCUCAAAAUGGAUAUUGCCGCGCACUCGGUCUACGCACCUGAGUUCCUGGCGAAUGAGCGUCAGAGCUCGCUCAAGGAAUUGAUUGAUAGAGCUCCCGGGUUGGCCACGAAGCAUGUUCAAACUAAUUUUGUGAAGAUUCUACUGGAUGGCGUGCCUCUGCCGCCGUUGUUCUCGAGCGCGGGGCUGGAUAGUGAGGGGAAUAUCGAACAACACAAGAUUCUAGUGGAUGAUGUCGUGGAAGCUGUGAAACGCUUCGAUGAGCGCGGCCUUACAAUUAAAAUCCAUGCCACCGGCCACGGCAGUACGCGGCUGGCCCUGGACGCGAUCAAGACAGCGAGGACGGGCAAUCAGCACGACCAAGCACAGGGAAUAAUCAAGCACGAGAUUGCCCAUUGUAACGGCAUACAUCCUAACGACCUGGACCUCUUCACAAAGCAUAACGUAACCGCAGAGCUGUCCCCGGCAAUGUUUUUCUACCACCCACUCAGCCGCGCAAGCAACGGGGCCAUGAACUGGGACUUUGCGAGCCUUCUCGAGGCCCGCGUCCACCCCAUCACCAUCGGAUCAGACUGGGGUUCGCGCGGCGAUCCCUGUCUAUUACCCAAAGUGCACCACGUCGUGAGACGAGUGGGUGAGUGGGCUGUUAAGAACUCCUCCAGCCACAACGCAACAGAAAGUACAUCCCUAGGCGCCAACCUCGUCCUGGAACUAUUAACCAAAAACGGCGCUGCGGCCGUAGGCCUGGGUGAUGUAAGCGGCAGCAUUGAAAUCGGAAAACGCGCGAAUUUCAUCAUGCUGGACAGGGAUGUAGUCGGUGGUGAUGCGGAUUUUGAGAAUGCCAAGGUCUUGAAGACUUGGUUUGAGGGCGAGUUGGUCUGGGAUGCUGAGGAUGGUCUGUUAACUUGA